UCCCUGCAGCCAUGAGCCAGGCGGACGUGUCCACAUGCUCGGCCCCGCAGAGGGUGUUCCAGGAGGCGGUGAAGAAGGGCAACACCAAGGAGCUGCACUCGCUGCUGCAGAACAUGACGAACUGCGAGUUCAACGUCAACUCCUUCGGACCGGAAGGGCAGACGGCGCUGCACCAGUCCGUCAUCGACGGCAACCUGGAGCUCGUCAAGCUGCUGGUCAAGUUCGGCGCCGACAUCCGGCUCGCCAACCGGGAGGGCUGGAGCGCCUUGCACAUCGCCGCCUUCGGGGGCCACCAGGACAUUGUGCUGUACCUCAUCACCAAGGCCAAGUACUCCUCUGGGGGGCGGUGAUGGUGGGCUCCCUGCUGUCAGGUAAAAAAAAAAAAAAAAAGCAACAAAAAUCAUGACCUUUGAUCUCAUUUGUGCCAAAACACAACAACAAUUGGGGGAACCAAACCUUGAAAUAAAACACACUUUUAGGUUUUUUUUUGGUACUAAAAGCUUUCCUCUUGAAUGUCUGACACAGCCGCCCCCCUCCAUAGCCCCCAAUCAUCCACCAUUACUCACGUCAAAGUUAUUUAAGUAACUUAUAUUUAAAGUGAAACAGGGCACUUGAUGCUGGAAUAUUUGAAAGGGAACACAAAAUACUUCAUGUGAUGGUGAAGUACUCUACAUAUACACACAUAUGUACACACACGCACGCGCACACCAUAGCUUUAUUUCUGUUGCUGUUCGAAAGAUGCUAAACUUGCCACAUCCAAGCCUUAGCGUGACCACCGACAAAAACAAAAGAAUUGACUUUGUAAACAUUUCAGUAUUCCGUUAACACCCUCACUGUGAAAGCAGGCUGCUCCCCAAACUGACCCCCCCAACCACCCACCUCCACCCGCCCCCGUUUGUUGUAUUUAUGAAGGUACAUUUUAAAGAAAAGAAGAUGGUGUUUCAAGCUGCUUCACUGUCCCAUGUGGGGGUGUCCCCUCUUGUUUGUGCCCUCGCCACCACCACCAACACCACCACCACCCCUCCCAUCAGGAUCGGUUGCCUUUUUCCAGCUACCUCGACGUUUAAGUAUUCUCAUGUUGUGCUUUUAUGCCAGUAUGUUUUCUUUUGUUUUUUUACUCACAAAGAUGCAUUCCUACCCCCUCCAGACCCCCCCUUCCCCUGCAUCCUCAGCUGGGACAGUUUUAUUCCACACACUACAACCAAACCAGUUCAGACAAGCUAAGCAUCCGUGUGCCUUUUGGAAUCUUCUUCUCAUUCCUAUUCUUGCCGAAAGACAACAACAACUACAAAAAAAAAUCUAGCUUCUAAAUGCAGGGAGUUUUUGAAUUGCACAAAUAAACGUAGCCUUGAGCGCCUCUAGUGUUCAUAAGUGGUAACUGCAGGGGCCAAGUUACUAUAAUACUACUGACUUUAAAAAGAAUACAAAGAAAGAAAUACAUACCUGGCUACAGCAGGGAAGAAUCCUGCUGCAUUUAGAGGAAAAAGUCACGGCGCCCUAACAUUUGUAUCAAUGCUGCUUGGAUUUUGUGUUCUUUAAAAAAAAAACACUUUGGAAGCGAUUUGGAUUGGCAUCAGGCAACACAUGAAAUAUGCAUCGCUUUGUCUUAAACUUGAUGUUUUAUUAUUAUUAUUAUUAUUAUUAGUUGAAAUAUUGCACUGAUGACUGUUAUUUUGGGCUUUUUUUUAAAUGUGUCAACAUUUAAAAAUAACUUUUUUUCUGGAUAGAAAAAAAAAUCAAACACAGCAAAAAAAAAAAUACUAUUGUAUGAAUAAAUACACGCUCCGGGUGGUAAAUGUGUGUGUGACUUUGUGGGGGAGGGGAAAUGUUUUUCUACCCCUGCAAAGCUGUGUGUGUUAUUUGUAUACAUAUAUAUAAAUAUAUAUAUGUAUAUAUACACACCGGUCAAAAGUUUUGAGACGCUUUCUCAUGCAAUCCAAUGGGAGAGUGUCUCCAAACGUUUGACCAGUAGUGUUUAUAUCUGUAAUGUAUAUGUCUGAUGGUGAUAAAACUUGGGGCACUUUCUUUUCUGAAGUGCUGUCUUCCUGUUUUUUUUUUUAAAAAAAGGAGGAAUAAUACAUUUGAUGGUAAGAUCAUUGUAAGGUGAUAUUAAAAACAAGAAAUUGCACGCUUGUGUGGUUGUUUGGCUUCGCAGGGUCAUAACAUUUAUGACGUCACCAGCCGGCCGCCUGAUUGGUGUUCAUGUGUGAAGAAAAAGACUUGUUUUUUUUUUUGUUUCCAAUUGUUUUGCUUCAUUUCAAGCAAAAGGAAACGGCUGAUGUGUUUCUUUUUUCCUUUUUUUUUUCUUUGUGUUGGGUUUUUCGGAUGUUUGUAACACUGUGAUGAUGACGUGAUGAUGUCAUGCGGAGAUGAGUGCUGUAUUAUUUUUGUACGUUUGUGUACAAGCCAGUAAAGAAAUCAUUAAACUCCAAACUUUCAGUGCCGGUGUCUGAAUUUCCCAUAUAGUAAAGUUA